UCUUAUCAUCCACUAUAAAAUCCCUUAAUUUCUCUCAAUCCUCCAACACCUACAAAAUAAAAAUCAACUCAAGCUUAUCCAAACCCUCGAAUUUUCCGAUCUCCGAUAUGGUUUCCGACAACCUUAAAAACGACGGCGGCAAACCUAUAAAGAUCCGAGAAGUCUGGUCCGAGAACCUCGAAUCCGAAUUCGACCUCAUCUCCGACCUAAUCGAUCGAUACCCCUUCAUAUCCAUGGACACGGAGUUCCCCGGCGUCAUCUUCAAGCCCGCACCGCUGCCCCGAAACCUCCGCAGACCAUCCUCCACAGAUCACUACCAUCUCCUGAAGUCCAACGUGGACGCCCUGAACCUCAUCCAGCUCGGAAUCACGCUCUCCGACGCCGCCGGCAACCUCCCCGACCUCGGCGGCGGCGAGCGCUACAUCUGGCAGUUCAACUUCGCGGACUUCGACGAGGCGCGUGACCCGCACGCGCCGGACUCGAUCGAGCUGCUGCGGGCCCACGGGAUCGACUUCGAGCGGAACCGGGCCGAGGGGGUCGACUCGGCCCGGUUCGCGGAGCUGAUGAUGAGCUCCGGCCUGGUCUGCAGCGACGCGGUCAGCUGGGUCACGUUCCACAGCGCCUACGACUUCGGAUACCUGAUGAAGGUCCUCACGCGGCGCCCGCUCCCCGCCCGGCUCGGGGAGUUCGCGGCGGCGCUGAGGGCGUUCUUCGGGAGCAACGUGUACGACAUCAAGUACUUGAUGCGGUUUUGUGAGAGCCUGUACGGCGGUCUGGACCGGGUGGCCCGGGCUCUAGAUGUGGACCGGGUGGUGGGAAAGUGCCAUCAGGCUGGUUCGGACAGUCUGCUGACGUGGCACGCCUUUCUGAGAAUGAGGGAUUUGUAUUUUGUGGAGCGGGAUCACGAGAAGUAUGCUGGGGUGCUGUAUGGACUAGAAGUGUAUUGAUUAAUUAGAAUAAGUAUUUCUUGAUUUGAUAAGGGUAACUGUAGUCUGUACAAAUUGUUGAUAUUUAAUCAAGAAUUUUAUUUAUUAUUUAUAAGAAAA